UCAUGAGCAUGUAUGAUGUAGCAUGUCAACUAGCAAAACCAUUCAAACCCUUAUAGACACAGAUACAGCCUUGUCUAUGCGACCCUACUUCUUGGUCUACAAAGGCGGCCAUCGGCAUCCCAAGCCGCCAUUUGAGUCCCUCUACCUGACAACACUCCAGUCCAUCACUGUCCGACAUACUCCCUCAACUAUUCUGUCCUUAUUCCCUAUCCAAGCCCUCCGUCGAACUCGCUCACUGGCCAAGAAGUCUGCAAGGAGAGUACACAAUCUAUUGCUUCUUGAAGUACUGGCUCGUCACCGACUGCCCAGCGACAAUGUCGAAGAUUGUGUGUCCAACACCGAGGUAAGAGUCGGUUACCGACUUGAGAGAGGAGUCUGGGAUGAGGUCGGUCGCGGGGCUGUUGAUUUAUAUGGAAGUCGUGUGGAUCGAUAAGGGAUAUGGGAUGGUGAAAGGAAUAUGUGCGGAAAACCAGAUAAACAUGCAGAGUGAUCAGCGUCUGUCAACUACUUUUUCCUCCCUGAUUCCAGUAUCUGGUACUCACGCGAAUCCGGUAGUCUUCUUGACACCAGCAAGGAUUGUAGACACGGCGAGGGCGUCAAAGGCAAAGUGGACAAGACGGCCGAGAGCCAUGAUGGAUGCUUCUUUGGGAAGGGUGAGAUGCUUAAAGGGGAGAUUUGAGUGGACGAUAGAGGGUUACGCGGUCAGGCAGAGACGGGGGUGUUUAUAGGAUAAGUGGGAGAAGACAGUUGACGAG